AGCAAGAGAAAGGAGGGAAAGGAGGGGGGUGGAAGAAGGGAGAGAAAACCAGCAGGCAGACGUUAGAGCAAGUCAGAGUGGGAGUGAAAGAGCACCAGGCAGCUGGGUGGAAAGAGGGAGAGCGUGGGUGAGUGUAUGUGUGGUGAGGACAGAAAGGCUGGACGAUGGAGGUGCAGUCGGAGUGUGUGGAGCCUCCUGUGGCCCCGCACUGUGAACCCCAACCCACAGGGAAGAUCAACAAAGCUGCCUUCAAACUCUUCGGAAAGCGGCGCACUGGCUCUGGAAUGGCAAGCUUCUUCUCCUUCAGGAAUAAAGGGGCCACAAAUAGUGGAAACAAUGGGAUUUCUGACAGUGGAAACGGCUCAGUAGCACCGGUGGAUCUCAUCAGGAGCAAAACUCACGAUGGACUAACGGGUUCCAACAGUGAUGCUGAUGGGAAUGCAGGGGAGCGGCUGACUGCCCAGGAGGCAGGCCCGGUGAGGUCGCUCAGCAAAUCAUUCAGUUUCUUUUCUUUGCUUCGACGUGGAAGUUUUAGAUCGAGUGAAAAUGGAGGGGCGGGGUUUGCUGGGAGAGGGAGGAGCCUAAAGGGCUUUUUCAGCAGCAUGCGAUGGAAACGUAAGGAUAAAACAAAUGAAGGAGAUGGGGAAGUAUUAGAAGUGAGAAAAGAAAAGGAUGGGGAUAUUACCCAAGAUGAAAAGGUAAAGGACAUCACUCUCACACUUGAACCUCAUCCACACCAUCACCUUGAGGAUUGUAGGGAUCAUGAGACAGAACCUAAUGAAGAGGAAGUAGAGACUCCUGCUACCAGCAAUACCAUCACACCUUCGCACUGUGUUGCCAUGCCAGGGCCGUCUUGUGUGCCAGACUCACCCUUCCCUUACACACCCACUGACUCACCAAUCCAUCCUUCUGUAUCAAAAGCCAAAGCCUCAGUUUCAAGCCUCACCCCCUCUCUUGCUACACCCCCUCCAGAUCGCUGUAGCACAGGCGAUCCGCCUUCUGAACCUUCGGUGGACCGCCUAUGUUCCCUCCUUUUCACAGACGUCACAUCCCUUAAGAGCUUCGAUUCACUGACUGGUUGUGGCGACAUCAUUGCUGAUGCAGAGGAGGAGUGUCCAACAGGCAAUGGGGGCAAUGGAGGCAGUGGCACCAGUAGCAGCAGUAGUGGGGGAAGUAGUGGGAGUGCAGGAGGGAGUGCCGGGAGAGUUGCUGCCACGGUUCUUGUUUCCCCAUCCAAACCCAGAUUACCAUCCCAGAUGGCACAGGCAAUGUUCUCCAUUUCCCCUAGUUCAGUUUCUGUGCCGCUUCAUGCACGUGCCCGCGUGACACCUGCACUACAGCAGCCCCCAGCUGGUAGUGGGGUGGUUGCUUACAUGGGUGGGGGGGAGGAAAUGGCAAGUCCAGAAGGAGUAGAUGAUGCAGACAUGCAGGGGCUGUGGCACAUGCUGCCAGCCACAGGGGAAAACUCUCCUGCUUUGCCCAGAUCUCUCCAACCUCCCUCCUCAACACCAACUGCUACUUAUCCCCCUUGCUCUACCGCCAACCCUACAAGCAGCCACCUUUCACUCAGGAGUGCAGACAGAAAGGUGCCCCAGGUGAAAGCUCUUGGGCUCAGUAAAAUCCCAGUGGUUGGGGGAGCAGGAGGCCGGGCAGCUAAGCUACCCCUCCCUCACUUGUAUGGGCAUCAUGCCACAUCACCGAAUGAAAAGGAGCCUCUCAGUGAUGAAGGCUACUGGGAAACUCCCUCUGCAACCCCAACAGCAACACCUGAUGAGAUUGGGCUGCAGCGCAACCAGAAGGUGCCCCUAUCACGUGACAGUUGCUCUGGAGACCACCUGUAUGAUCUCUACAAUGACCCUGAAGUGGAAGGUGAUGACGAAGAGCAGGAGGGCGAUGAAGAUUUCACCAGUACUCCUUCCCCCUCCACUGAAUGCAAACAAAGCUCCCACUCCCAAACAACUCCUCCUCCUUCCUCUUCCUCCACUUCCUUCCGAUCAAUGAAAGGCAGCACCAGCCUGCCCCGAGAAUCCAAGAUCCCGGUAAGCACCAGACAAGCCACACCCCCUCACUCUGUCAGCCAGUCAUCUCUCUCAUCUGUCCAAGAGUCUGAAGCCCAUCGACCAAAGAACCAAGCGCCAGCCCCAGCACGCACCAGGAUCCCUGUAUCCAAGAUGCCUGUUCGUCGAUCAGGAAACAAACCUGGUAGUUCAAGCAGAGGAACUGGUUCCAAAAAGUAGCUUGUGUCAACGGGG